AUGUAUUUUGGACGAGUGUCAUUCAUUUUAUAUACCUUAUUUCAUACAAUAAGAUAUGUGCAUGGACAUGUAGAAACAAUUCAUAGAUAUGGUAGAUAUUUAUUUUUUUCAAAUGGUACACAGUUUUUCGUUAAAGGGGUUGCUUACCAGCAACCAUUACCUCAUGGAUAUGAUGGGCAUUAUGUAGAUCCUUUGGCAAAUUCAAGAGCAUGUACUCGGGAUUUAAAGCUUUUCCUAGAAUUAGGGAUUAAUACUGUUCGGGUAUAUACAAUAGAUCCAUUUUUAGAUCAUUCGUAUUGCAUGAAUCUUUUUGCUAAAAAUGGGAUUUACGUUAUUUUGGACCUUUCUGAACCAAGAAAUUCUAUUAUUAGUACAAGUCCAUCAUGGGAUGUUAGUCUUUUUUUGAGAUAUAGUCAAGUUAUUGAUAGUAUGCAUCAUUAUCCUAAUUUAAUUGGAUUUUUUGCUGGAAAUGAAGUAGUUCUUGAUACUGGAAAUACACAUGCAGCAGCAUUUGUUAAAGCUGCAAUUAGAGAUACUAAAGCAUAUAUUAGACAUAAACAUUACAGAAAAAUACUUGUAGGAUAUGCAGCUAAUGAUCAUCAACAUACGCGUAUUCCAUCGGCUAAUUACUUUGCAUGUGGAGAUGAUAGCAUUGCAGCUGAUUUUUUCGGAAUUAAUAUUUAUGAAUGGUGUGAGCCUACUACUUUUGAAACUUCUGGAUAUAAAGAUAGGGUUCAAGACUUUUUAGGUUAUAACAUUCCUUUGAUUUUAUCUGAAUUUGGAUGUAACAUUGUAAAUGGAAAACUGGGCACACGUACUUUUAAACAAAUUCGUUAUCUUUAUUCUGAUAAAAUGACAUCUGUAUUUUCUGGGGGAAUUGUUUAUGAAUGGUAUCAUAAUGUUAAUAGCUAUGGACUUGUCAUUAUUCAUAAUGACGAUUCUGUUUCUCCACGUGAAGAUUAUCAUCAUCUUAAAAAUCAGUUGUCUUUAGUGAAUCCUAAACUCCUUACGAGUUCAAAAUAUACUCCUACUGAACAGCCUCCAGAAUGCCCAGUUAAUAAUCAACAUUGGUCUGUUUCAACUAACCUUCCUCCAGUACCUAAUUCGGAACUUUGUGCAUGUGCGUCUAGUGCUUCUUCAUGUGUUUCAGUGAGUGAUAUUUCAGAUAAUGAGAUGGCUGAUAUUUUUUCAUACAUUUGUAGCGAAAUUGAUUGUAGAGCUAUAUCAAAGAAUGGUCAAACAGGGAUUUAUGGUGCAUAUUCUGUUUGUCUUCCUAGAGAUCAACUUAAUGUUAUUCUUGGUUUAUAUCAUCGAAAGCAUAAUAGAGAUAGUGCAUGCUUUUUUAAAGGAUCUGCAUUUGUUACGACUCCACGUUCUAGUAAAUCAUGUUCUUCAUUAUUGCGAAUUGCAGGAGAAGAUGGCUCUGGAAGCAUUUCAGGUCCACCUUAUGUAACAACUCAUGUCCCAGAUACAGAUGGGAAAGAUAAAGAUGAAAGUUCAGGAAAAAAUAUAUACUUUAAAUGGGAAUUGCUUCUAGGAAUUUGUACAAUUUUUAUUGGAAUUGCAUUUUUUAUUACAGCAUAA